UUAAGAUUACAUUUCUCUUGAUCGUAUUCGCUAAAAGCGAGUUCCAAGAUCUGGUGAGCGGUAAUGAGGAAAUCGAACAUGCUCUAUGACCUAGCGCAAUUGGGUUGUUCACUUGGCUUUAAGAGAGCAUACAGAUUGCUCUCCUGUGAAGACAGAUGGUGUAAAUCUCACACGGCGAAAUCUCUACCUGGGAUACCUGCCUAUCGUUCGCACUUCUACUGUUUGUUUACUUUUUCCCUCUAAUUUUACAUGUAUGUGCUGCUCUGAAAGAGCAGUUCUCAAAGCCUACUUGUACUUUUUAGGCAAUGAUUGCUGAAUCUCAUCGCCUCUCCCAUGAAAGUUUAUUAGACAAAUUCACCAGUCUCAUAUUGCAGUACGAAGCUAGCCUACAUGCUCUCAACAGCCUUGAAAGGGUCUGGUGUGUACAUGUCGGCUCCUUCAAAUCCCGCGCUCUUAACAGCAGAACCUUAGCACACAAGCAUGUAUGUAAUAUUGGGAGCGAAGGCAGACCAGAGGCUUCCUUCUUUGCUAUUUACCAGUAAGGAGACAACAAGUGCUUUUGCUCUGGAGGCACGUCGUCCAAAACUCUCUCAAGACUUCCUGGGAUAGGUGGGUGACCGUCUCAAAGAAUGGGUGCCGACACAGAAAUGACUCGGCUUGCUUAAUUUGAAUCCGUUCAUCCGAUUUCAGACGACUAGGAGUACAUAUAUGUCUGACCCCGCGAUUCAACUUCUCUCGUUCCUGUUAGGUCAUGACGAACCCACCAAAAAAAUGAAAAUACAAAUACGAGUACCAAGUCCCCUCCCUCAUAAUUCAUCGAAGCCGAGGCAGGGUGUGGAGACGUCAUGGGCAUCCAUCCAUUCAAAUGGAUUGUAAAAGCCACAACGCUCAAAGUAGCAGGUCCAGACACCUUUCAAGCGUAGUUUUUACCCCAGGUUGGCGGGGUAGUUAGCUUAACGUCGAGGACAUCUUGUUUCCCGCGCCACAUCGCCAGUGGCUUCACGCCACAAAAAGCCCCCUCCGUAGGUUCUGUGCUUCUUCUGAGGAGGCGCAACGAACGAAUGCCAUAAUAGCGUCAGGUUCUUGAGCAAUGACAAUGCUUCACUUGUCAGCAACAUGUCAGGCCGAGGUGUGUUUCUUGUCCCAUGAGGGCAUGUGAGCAUUUCCAGAUGCUGAAGUCUAGUAAAUUACGCAAGUGGAGGGGAACUUCUAGACUGUUGAUGGCAGGUCAAGGAAAUGCCACUGGAUAGCGUAUACAGCUACUGGUGAGGGCAUCCUCCAGAACAGUCAAGACUUGUUCAACGUUGAAAUAACCCCACUCAAAUAUAUGAAGACGUGAAGAGAACCCACUAUCUUCAAUAUUGAAACAUCAUUUCCUAAUCCGAAAGUCAAUAAAUCCGAAUUCUCUUCUCUCUAGGCCUUCAUUCAAGACCAGUUUCUACCAUGAAGUACUCAAUAUGCCUAGCCACAUUGGCAUUGCAAGUCUCUCAAGUCAUUGCAUUCCCAGCCCACAUCUUCAAUCUCCCCGUCAACGAAGAUGAGAAGCGAGAACUCGCCCGGAUUUCCCUCCAGGUUGAAGCCAGCACAAAACGGGACUUCGUAUCUCGUGCUCCUGGUUUCAAUGCCGCUCAGCAGUAUGUGAGCAAUCAGGGAGCUCACAAGUUUGUUCCUCCGGGAAAGAAUGAUUUGCGUGGACCUUGUCCUGGUCUGAAUGCAAUGGCGAAUCAUAAUUAUAUCCCGCAUAAUGGGAUUGCUACCAUCUCGCAGUUCAUCCAAGGGACUUAUGACGUCUUUGGAAUGGGGCUCGAUCUUGGAGCUUUCCUCGCCAUAUAUGGAGCCAUCUUUGAUGGUGAUCUCACGUCCUGGUCGAUUGGAGGACCACCACCUGCUGGCUUGCUAGGCUCAGUUGGACUCCUAGGCACACCUCAAGGAAUCUCUGGAUCCCACAAUAAAUAUGAAUCCGAUGCCAGUCCUUCACGACCAGAUCUGUACCAAUACGGAAACGACUACAAACUCAUCAUGUCUCAAUUCGAAGAAAUGUUCCGCCAGCCCCAAGGUCCUCGCGGCUACGAUCUGAUGAGCUUGACACCCUUCCGCGCAAAGCGCUUCCAGCAAUCGAUCGAACAGAACCCAUUCUUCUUCAACGGCCCAUUCACAGGCGUAGCCGUCCAACCCGCAGCCUACACCUUCAUCUACCGCUUCAUGUCGAACAAAUCCGCCGAAUAUCCAGACGGGUAUUUAAAUGGCGAUGUCCUGAAGUCCUUCUUCGCUAUCACUGGACAGCAAGGGAACUUCAAAUGGACUGAGGGGUAUGAGAAGAUACCUGAUAACUGGUAUAAGCGUGCUAUUGGCGAUGAAUACACGAUUCCCUUCUUCAACUCGGAUCUUGUGGCUGCAGCUCUGCAAUAUCCGCAGUUCUUGAGCGUUGGCGGCAAUGUAGGCAAAGUCAACUCCUUUGCCGGUGUGGACCUCGUAGAUGUCACAGGCGGUGUGUACAAUUCGCAGAACCUCGCCCAAGGAAACAACGCUAUGUGCUUUGCGUAUCAAUUUGCGCAGCAGGCUGCUCCGGAUAUUCUGAAGGGGUUGUUCUCUAGUGUUACAAAGCCGCUGGCUCAGUUGAACAGUGCGCUUGCUCCUGUUUUUGCGCAGUUGGGUUGUCCUCAGCUGGAGAGGAUCGAUAACUCGCAAUUCAAGAAGUUUCCUGGUGCUAAGGGGGCUUACUGAUGAGAUGAGAUGAGGAAAUGAUUAUUAUGAUGAUGUUUGUUUGGAGCGAGGUUUAUCUAACUGUAUAUAUAUGUAUCAGCAUAUCUGUCUAUAGCAAUGAAG